AUGACCUGUGGGAUCUGCGUACUAGCCUUUUACAGUCUGCCACGACUACAUGCCGUGCAUAAGACACUACUCGUCGCUUCGUCGUCGAGUGCAAAGCUAUACGAGGACGGUUACCGAAGCCCCUAUUCCCUCGAAAGUAGUAUUCGUACCACCAAACUCCUCCACAGCGUCGUCAAAUCCCCGCGCGCAAUGCACAGUGACAUCUCCACAUCUCACCAAGCUUAA